AAGUAUUCCUGUCUUGAUUGGCGAUACGACUCUGCAAUGGUCAAUGGGAUAUACAGAAUAUCAGAUGAUGACGGAGUUGAAUUCAACGUUUACUGCGAUUUCACAUCAGAGCCAAACUCAGUAUGGACCCUGAUCGAAUCGUUCUCUUUGGGUAAAAAUGAUCUGUUCAAAGACAAGCCAUUCACAAUUGAUUUUCCGUACUUGGAAAAUUCUCCAAACUGGGAAAAUUACAGACUCAGCAAGACAAGGAUCGAGAAAAUCAAAUCAACAUCUACCCACUGGAGAGCAACAUGUAGUUUCGAUGUUUUUGGUGUUGAUUAUCGAGAUUACAUCAGAUUCAAACUUUCUGCAUUUGAUCCACUUUGCUAUCAUAUAAAUGCAGAACCUAAACAUGUAGAACUUGUAAACGUUAGAGGGUACAGCGCUACGGAGCAAUUAGUUGAUUUUUGGCAACGUGACGGAAUUCACUUUCACAUUGAUUCGAACAUAAAUGUUCACUUUCCGCAAGCAAAAAAUGGUUCUUUAUUUAGCGAAGAUAAUUUUGGAUGCUAUCUUUCCAGAAACGAAGCAUUUAGGUGCACUACCAAUACAAGCAGCACCACUCAACAUUGGAUUGGGAUAAACUACCCUUGAUUCAAUUUUAAUCAGGGCUGCAUUUAGAUUUUCGAGGAACUGGCCAAAAAAUAAAAUAGGGCCCCCAAUAUUUUCAAAUAAGAAUUCAGUGAUAGCCUUGUUUUUCCAAAGAAAUGUUUCUACCUCUUCUCUCUUCGCAUUCAAUUUCAUUCCUUAACACAGCUUGUUCUUUGUUAACUUUUCUUUGAAAAUUUAACGAUCUGUGCAAGCUGAGAGGAAGCACACACUUUCUUUACCAGUCAUAUUGAAUAAAAGAAAGCAACAAUUUAAAGGUAGCAAUCAGCUGCUGUGUUAUUUUUGUGCAUGAGCGAAUGAGCGAGACCUGGGGCGUAGGGUGCACAAUUGCUAAUUUCUUUAAUCUCCCGGACAUAUUAUACGUAUUGCCAUAAGACUGUUCUAAAGCAAUGUAAUAAUGGCUACAGAUGUGAUAGAAGUAAAAUUCAUUUGUUCGAAAAUUGUACUUUGACAAUCUGUCAUAAAUUCUUGCCGAAAAAAACUAGUUUAGAAAAUUUAGGGCCUAUCUAAAGGGGGGGCUAGGGAGAAGGUCCAAAGUGCCCUGUGGAUAAUGCGACACUGGUUUCAAUAGAUGAAUCCAUUUGAGUGGAGAUUUUGACUUAUUGAUAUAUUCCUUCGUAUCAAAUAGUAUAAAACUUCCAAGCUAAGCAAUUAUCAAAAGCUCUUCGGCACCGUUGCACUAGAUUUUUACAUUUUGUUGCAAUAUGUAAGAAACUCACGUAAAUACUUUACUUUGAGUUUAAGCUACAUUUGGUUAUUUUUAAUGUAUGUUUCACCUUCUUUUUUAUUGCCUUUUUUAUUACAUUAUUUUUUUCACUUGAAUGAUUAUAGUACACUACAAGCGCAGAGAGUUAAUGAAUGCACCUUUUGGAUAGACGUGUUAAGCUGCUUAUUGAAUAUUUUACUGUACCAUGAUAAAAAUUAAUAUUAGUAAGGAUGUCAUUUCUCUUUGUCAACCUAUAUCCUUCUUAUAGCAUGAAUUUUUCGAUUUAGAUAUCAGUUGCUAAAAGGCUUAUUAGCCCCCUUACUUAUUCUGCAUCUGCCACAAUAACUCUUUAUGCCACUGAAACUUUUCUAAUACAAGCGAUAGCUUAGCUGGUAGUUUUCUAAUAAUUCAUUGUUACAUAACUUUAUUCAAAGAUGUUUAAGAUUACAAAGACAUUAACAGCA